AUGGUCAGGGAAGUAGCACCUGAGAUCAUCGACCACAUCAUCGAUUUCCUCCAAGACGACUCCAGUGCACUAUGCUGCUGCACGUUAGUGCACCCAUCUUGGCUGCCCCGUAGCCGGUUCCAUCUCUUCCGCAAGGUGUCUCUCCGCUCCCGGCCUUCAUUAAUCGCCCUGCACUCCGUCCUCACGAGCCCGCGCAUCCAAGACCACCUCAGAUGCACACGCGAGCUUCUUGUCGAGCACGACGUCGCCGCCGAAUGGGCGGAGCUCGUCCCCGAGCUGUUCGCCCCGCACAUGCGCGAGCUCGAGUCCCUUGCGUUGCACGACGCCCGCUUCUAUGGGACCGCGCCCCACGCCCCGCUCUUUACCUCCAUCGCCUCGCUCACGCUCGUCUCGUGCGUGUUCCGCACGUGGCACAAGCUGCAGUGCAUGCUCUGCGGCCUCCCCCGCCUCCGCGAGCUCUGCAUGGUCGCCAUCGCGUGGCGCCGCCGGAAUGCGCCCGACAACUCGGACCCGCCCCCGGGGAACGAGCUGCGCCUGCGCGCACUGCAUGUCGAGGACGUGGCGUCCGGGGAGCUCUGUGACUUGCUGGACUGGCUCGUGAGCACGGCUUCGGGCCUUGAGGCGACUGUCCGCUCUCUCCGCCUCAUACCGCGCGAUCUCAAGGGCUGGCAGGUGUCGGCUAGCCGACUGCUCGUAGCGCUAGGUCGGUCUCUCGAGCAUGUCGAGAUCCCCAUCGUGCGCAUCGACGGUGACAACCUCGGUCUCGUUCACAACACGAGACUAGGGACCAUACGCUUGCGGUACAGGUUCUCCGAGCCGUGCGCGCGUGCCAUGGCCCGGAUAUCGGCGAUGGUCAACACCAUCGCCUCCCGCCGCCUGGAGUGUUUCCGCUUAGACAUUAUCUUCAGGCUGGACUUGCACAGCUUUAACAUCGAAAGAGAGUUGCAAAACUUUGAGACUGACACGGUCUGGGCACGAUUUGACGCGUCCAUCACGGCGGGCAUCUUCAACAAUGUUAAGGAAGCCUGGAUCCACCUCGAGUGGCAUCUUCGAGAGUCGACCUCCGUGGAGAGCUUUGAUCGCGCGCACAGGGCUUUCCAAGCCGGACUGCGUCAGACUCUGUGGGAGCGUCGAGGCAUCCUGAAGGCGACGCAUGCAGUAUUCAACCAUGAGUAG